AUGGUACAUCCAUUAAAUGGAAUACCAGUUAGCAAUAGAAAGGAACAAAUUACUGAUAUAUGUAACAAGGUGGAUGAAUCUCAAGACAUGUGUCCCCGACUCACACCUUUAAGUCCCCGGCCUGGUGCGAGCAUCCUAACGGGAGGCAAAGAUCCCAAAUCGCCAAUUGCUCGUUCGGCGCGGCCCUUCCGUCAGCAGGUGUCUUCAGAGGUCGACGCCUGGCACGCAGCAGGUGCUCCCCAAACGUCCAGUCCCUCGUCGGCUUUCCUCGGUUCCCCGUCCACCCCCAGACGCCUCUCCUCGGACACCGGGCACGGUCCCCGAGGAGAGCCGCUCUCCCUGGCGGGGCCUGGCCGUGCGCCCUCCCGGCAGCAGCUCCGCGGCCGGCUCGGCAGGCGCCUCCCGGAGGCCUCCUACCCGCAGCGGCCGCCCCUGCCGGGCCCGAGAGCGCCGAGCCGCGAGGCCGGGCCGGGACCGCCGGGGGCGCGGCGCCGACGCCGAGGCGCGGCCAUGGAGGGGAAGCCCCGCGCCGGGGUCGCGCUGCUCCCGGGGCCGAGCGGCCGCGGCCCUUCCGCCCGCCGCGCCCGCCGCCGCCCGGGGCUGCUGCUCCCCGGCCUCUGGCUGCGGCGGCGGCUGCUGCUGCUGCUGCUGCUCCUGCUGGCGCGGCCGGCCUCGUGCGCCCCAGAUGAGCUCUUUCUGGAACCGCAAAACCUCUCUUUAUCCUCCGUGGAGCUCAUGAUGAAGAAAAGCACCGUGCACAGCACUGCACAUGUGGCCUUAACAGAAACUGCCCCAGGGUCCCAGCAAAGCAGUUCUCUCCACGCCAUAUCAUCUCCAUCCGCUACUAUUUUUGAUACAAUCUUUUUUAACCAAGGAGCCCUGACCCAGAGUAUAGCCGAUCCCAGCAUCUUUGUGGCAAAUUAUGUGUCGGUGACGAGCCACGCGGUGGUCAGAGAUGACGACGAAAUGGAUAACUUUUUGCCAGAAACGCCCUGGACCGCUUCCCGCGUGGUGUCUCCGAUUGGGGAUCUCCCAGGCAGCCCGCCACUGCUGACCCCGUCUCCCCCCAUUUCUUCUUUACAAGACAAACAGGUGACAUCGGCCUGGCCAAACACGAUGCGACGACCAGCCACGUCCACCGACGAUGCCACCGGUCAUUUCAGUGCUUUCUGGUCGGCGCUUCCCGCAUCCGAGGGCCUACUUCCGACCCCCAGUAGGAAUUUGGUGCUGUAUCCUCCUGACCCUUACGGGCGCUCGGCAAGCGGGACUUUGCCAGGGACCGCGGUGUGGGGAGCAGAGGAGGCAGAGAGCCUUCUUUCUAGCUCGCUGGCUGCACGGCCUCUGCUCUUGGGCGGCGGCGCCACGCAGCAGCCUCUUCCGCCCUGGGAGGAGGCCUCCCUGGGCCCAGGCCUGGACGGAUACCCCGAUGCGGCCGCCGCUCUGAGUCUCGGUCUCCAGGAGGCCGGGCUUCCGGGAGCAGCCCCUGCUGCGGCUGUGGCACCGACGGCGCCGGCUUCCAGAAGCAGCAGCAGCAGCAGCAGCAGCAGCAGCAGCAGCAGCAGCAGCACAAGCUCGCCUUCCCUCUCCUCUGCUGUCGCCAUCUUGGCCCCUUCGCCGCCGCCGGCUGAGGUAUCCCGUGGCCCCCGGCCGGCCGGCAGCUCCCGAGAGUCGUCAGAGCUGUCAGAGCUGCCCGGCCCGUCCCUGCUGCUCUCCCGAGUCCUGGCCACCCAGGCCCCGAGCCCGGUGGCGUCGCUCGGGCCGCACUCGUGGCGCGCCUGCUGCCCUGUGGCGUCGCCCGGGCCCGGGCCGGCGGCCAGCCUGCCAGUCGGCGAGGCCGCGGGGUCGGGGGACGGCGCCGAGCCCCUGACGGUGAGCCCGCCGGGAGCCAGCGGGCCCCCUCCCGCGGGCAGCGGAGCGGCGGGCUUCUUGGAGCUCGGAGAAGAGCCCCCGGACUUUAACACCCUCUUCCCCUCGCGGCCCGUCGUCCCGCUGCCCUCUCCCGCCGCGGGCGCCUCAGGACCGGUCCCGGCAGCUUCUGCCGAGGAGGGCCUGAGGAGCGGCCUGAGGAGCGGCCUGAGGAGCGUCGGGACCGCACGGACCACACGGCCGUGUCCUCCCGGUGGCCGCCUCGCCACGCCAGCGUCCCCCACUCCCGCCCCCUUGGGCUCCCCCUCUGUCCCCGACACCGACACCGCUGUCACAGCGUCGGGGGUGACAGCCCCGUUUCCCUGGGCCACCAGCCGUGCACUCCCCGCCUCCUCCCUCCCGGGCGCCGCAGGACAGGCCACACGGUCGCCCUCCCUCAGAGGCCCCCGUCCUCCCCCGUCUGAGGCUCCGGGGCCCUCAGUAGAGCCUUCACUCGUCCCUGAGCGGGAACCCGGUGGCUCUCCGGGCCCCGACGCGGCCCAGGGUUUGGAUUCGGGGCCCAGUUUUUCCUCGACUCCGCCCCUGGAGUUCAGCAGCUUUGUGGCCGCCUCUUCAGAAGUCCCCGCCUCUCGGCCCUGGGGGACACCGAGCCCUGUGGCAGCCUCGGUUUCUGGGGCCUUCUCUACCCUGGUUGAGGCGGCUGCGCAGGCCGUCCCUAACUCCACAGACUCCGAGUCUUCCCCGCUCUGGCCCCGUGCAGACCUUCUUCUCCCCAGUACAUUCCCUUCCCUCGCCAGCUCCCCGGAGGCCGAGGCGGCACUGCCCUCAGGCUUCCCUGCCGAUUCUCUCCUGUUCUCCCAAGCGUCAGCAGUUUCGCUGGCAGGUCCCGAAGCUCAUUUUACCUCAGCCCUCACUGAAACUACCUCCUAUUCUGGGUUGUCACCCGUUGCGCGUGACUCUGGGGUCGCCACCCUGGUGCCCUCCAGGGCGGAGCCCGCCCUUGACCUUCUGACUCGGGGGACUCCCUCACCGUCCCCUUUGACUGCUUUCCCCACGACACCCGUUUUAGCGGAGUCUCCUCUCUUUCCAACUCCGACGCCGUCCAGCGACGAGGUCAGUGCUACAGGUGGUCACACGUCCGUCUUACCCUCUUUCUCCAAAGCCAUUCCUAGCACCGCGCCACUGGUCACCGAGGUGUACCCGUCGUCCGCAUCCUCCCUUGUUCCUGAGGCGAUCCCCUCCCCUCUUCCCACGGAGCCCAUGUUUGUGGGCUCAUCGUUCACACCCACAGAUUCACCGGUGAACACCCCCACUGAACCGAGCACAGCCAACACCACUGCUGCCCCCGAUCCUGCUGCUGGCAGCACCCCGAGCGGCACAGCUUCGAGUCACAACUCCCAGGAGAGCAGUUCGGCACGACCGCCCCAGUCCCUGUAUCCUGCGCCCACGUCCACUUCUGAAGCCACGGUGGAUGCUCCAGCCCUGGUCCCCACCAAGCCGCCAUAUGUGUGUGAUAUUACAGUUCCCGAUGCCUAUUUGAUCACAACUGUUCUGGCCAGAAGAGCUGUGCAGGAGUACAUAAUUACAUCCAUCAAAGAGGUGUUGAGGAUUCACUUCAACCGUGCGGUAGAGCUCAAGGUUUAUGAACUGUUCGCUGACUUCACGUUCCUGGUAACAUCUGGGCCUUUCGUUUACACGGCAAUAUCAGUCAUAAAUGUACUUAUAAAUAGUAAGCUUGUACGUGACCAAACUCCAUUAAUCCUGGCUGUGAAACCUUCCUUCCUUGUGCCAGAGUCCAGGUUCCAAGUUCAUACGGUUCUUCAGUUCGUGCCUCAGAGUGUGGAUACUGGCUUCUGCAACUUUACCCAGCGCAUCGAGAAAGGCCUGAUGAUAGCUCUUUCUGAAGUGAGAAAACACCACCAGGGGACGCAUAACCUCACUGUGCAGAUCUUGAAUAUCACCAUGGGUGCUUCACGGCCCGUUCCUCGGCAGGGCCCAGUCAAUAUCAUCUUUGCCGUCAGAGGUGCACAGGGGUUUUUGAAUGGUACAGAAGUGAGCCAGCUGCUCAGGAACUUGAGCGUGGUGGAGUUCAGUUUCUACCUGGGAUACCCUGUGCUCCAGAUCGCCGAACCCUUCCAGUACCCACAGCUAAACUUAUCUCAGUUGUUGAAGUCCUCCUGGGUGAGAACAGUUCUCCUGGGUGUCGUUGAGAAGCAGCUCCAGAAUGAAGUGUUUCAGGCUGAGAUGGAGCGCAAGCUGGCCCAGCUGCUCAGUGAGGUGUCCACCCGAAGGCGGAUGUGGAGAAGGGCCACCAUUGCUGCUGGGAACAGUGUGGUGCAGAUGGUAAACGUGUCAAGGCUGGAGGGAGAUGACAAUCCUGUGCAGCUCAUCUACUUUGUGGAGGAUCAAGAUGGAGAAAGACUCAGUGCAGUCAAGUCUUCAGAUCUGAUUAACAAGAUAGAUAUCCAGAGAGCAGCCAUUAUCUUGGGUUAUCGAAUUCAAGGAGCUGUUGCCCAACCCUUGGACAGAGUGAAGAGGCCAUCCCCAGCGUCCCAGAGCAACAACCUCUGGGUCAUUGUCGGGGUGGUCAUUCCAGGGCUGGUGGUAAUGGUGAUUGUCAUCAUCCUCUACUGGAAACUCUGCCGCACAGACAAGUUAGACUUCCAACCUGACACGGUGGCCAACAUCCAGCAGCGUCAGAAGUUGCAGAUCCCUAGUGUGAAGGGCUUUGAUUUUGCUAAGCAGCAUCUGGGUCAGCACAAUAAAGACGACAUAUUGAUUAUUCAUGAGCCAGCACCACUGCCGGGACCUGUGAAGGACCACACCACGCCUUCUGAAAAUGGAGAUGUGCCGAGCCCGAAGGCAAAGAUCCCUUCUAAGAAUGUCCGUCACAGAGGAAGAGUUUCUCCCUCGGAUGCUGACUCUACUGUAAGUGAGGAGUCCAGUGAGAGGGAUGCAGGAGACAAGACGCCAGGAGCGGUGAACGAUGGCCCAUCCCACAGAGCCCCACAGAGCGGGCCACCGCUGCCCAGUUCAGGCAAUGAGCAGCACUCGUCAGCCUCCAUCUUCGAGCAUGUGGACAGGCUCUCCCGGUCCUCGGAGGCCAGCCGACGGGUUCCCAAUAAGAUUCAGCUGAUCGCCAUGCAGCCCAUCCCCGCACCUCCAGUUCAGCACCCUGUAUUGGCCGACCGGGUGGCAGAAACCAACAAAAUUAACAAAGAGAUCCAGACGGCGCUGCGGCACAAGUCCGAGAUUGAGCACCAUCGGAACAAGAUCCGUCUCCGUGCCAAGCGCCGCGGGCACUACGAGUUCCCAGUGGUGGACGACCUGUCCUCGGGUGACACGCGCGAACGGCACCGCGUGUACCGCAGGGCUCAGAUGCAGAUCGACAAGAUCCUGGACCCCACGGCCAGUGUGCCCUCGGUGUUCAUAGAGCCUAGGAAGAGCUCCAGGAUAAAACGGUCUCCCAAACCACGCCGGAAACACCAGGUCAACGGCUGCCCGGGAGAUGCUGAGAAGGAUAGACUCAUUACCACAGACAGUGAUGGCACUUACAAAAGGCCCCCCGGUGUCCAUAACUCUGCCUACAUUGGUUGCCCAUCCGAUCCCGACCUGCCGGCUGAUGUGCAGACACCAUCCUCAGCUGAGCUGGGGAGGUAUCCAGGCCUACCCUUCCCAGCCUCCCAGUACAUCCCGCCCCAGCCGUCGAUCGAGGAGGCACGCCAGACCAUGCACUCCCUCCUGGACGAUGCUUUUGCUCUUGUGGCUCCUAGCAGCCAGCCUGCCAAUGCUACGGUCACAGGCCCUGGGGUCCCAGCUGUCCUGCCCGUGAACAGCACCCCUUCCCGGGAUGAGAGGCGAGCCACCCAGUGGGGGUCCUUCUACAGCUCUGCUCAGACGGCCAACAACCCAUGUAGCAGAUACGAAGACUAUGGAAUGACUCCUCCAUCAGGUCCAUUGCCGAGACCAGGUUUUGGCCCCGGGUUACUGCAAUCUUCAGAGCUGCUGCCUCCCGAGCCGCAGCAGCCACAGGCAUCGGCUGAAGCCCCGUUUGCCACCCGAGGGAUCUACUCUGAGGAUGUGCCAUCAGUGGCCCGGCCACGACCCGUCGGGGGCACCACAGGUUCCCAGAUUCAGCAUCUGACACAGGUGGGAAUUGCAAGCAGAAUUGGAGCCCAACCAGCGGAAAUCCCACCAACCAGAGGUGGCCAGUAUGGAGGACCUGGCUGGACUUCAUAUGGGGAUGAUGAAGCUGGCCGUAGAGAAUCUACACAUGUGCUUGGACAUCAAGAGUAUUCUUCACCGCUGUUCCAGGUGCCAAGGACUUCAGGCAGGGAGCCCUCUGCUCCUCCCGGAAACCUCCCGCACAGGGGGCUGCCCGGUGCGGGGCUGACUUACACCACCAGCUCCACAGAAGACCUCCAACCCGGCCACUCUUCGGCUUCACUCAUCAAAGCAAUCCGAGAGGAGCUGCUCCGGCUUUCCCAGAAACAGACCGCCGUGCAGAACUUCCACAGCUGAUCGGCCUCACCUUGCAAAUUUGCCAAGUAUCUGCUUCCUGUGGAAGCAAGACUAAAUGGAAAUCAACCAAGUGGGUGUUUGUAAGAGAACGCACAUCUCCUGGGCUAGGUGCCCAUGUGAGGGAGCAAGGUGCAAUUUUAGAGGAUGCCAUAGUCAUGUGACAGGUCAUGAUGCUUUCAAUAAGUUGGCAGUUUUUUGACCACUUGGGUUUCUGUCGAAAUUUAUGUACUUUUGGCCAAAAGCCAGCAGCACUUCGUGAAGGCAAACCACAAACCGAAACUAACAAAAAUCACUAAAUUAGUCUCCUUUUUAAAGGUAAAAGAUGGAAAUGUGUAGAUGGCAUAGGGAUUAAUGGAAUCCAGCAUUUCUGUGGGAAGAUGUGUUUCAGCCUGGUUUGUAUGAUGAACUUGCUGCUUUGUUUUCUGAGAAAAGAGAUUUGAAGACAUUUUAUUAACGGCUUGAUUUCCCUCUUUUUCUCCAUAGGAACUUAUUUUAAUAGUCACAUUAACAACAAAAAUACUAAGACUGGGAAUUUUAAAAAGCUACUAGUGAGAAACCAAAUGAUAGAUUGUAGAGCCUGAUGAUUCCAAAAGAAGCCAUCAUCUGCAUUUUUUCCUUCUACUUCUGGUGCUAUAGCUCCGAGGGCCCCUUCACCUUUAUGUCUGUGAAAUGCAACUUUGGCUUUUUCAAUGGAAGAAUAUGUUGAAGAUUUCAUUUUGUCGUAGAAAGAAAGAAAGAAAGAAAGAAAGAAAGAAAGAAAGAAAGAAAGAAAGAAAGAAAGAAAGAAAGAAAGAAAGAAAGGAAGGAAGGAAGGAAGGAAGGAAGGAAGGAAGGAAGGAAGGAAGGAAAAAGAAAGAACAAAUGAACGAACCUCCCAAAUGGGGGGCUCCAGGGGAAAGCUUAAUAUUUAUUUGGUUAUUAAAAAAUACAUAUUGGAGUUUAGAUUUACAUUCUUAAUUGUAUUUGCUGUUAUUAAUUGGGCGCAUGCAACUGCAGACAGCAUCCCAUUUCAGUGCAUGCCAUUAUUAAGAUCAGUCCUAUAGAAGGAGGCUUUCAGGAGGUCUUUACUAAGCCUUGCACUUGGCUGAUGAGUUGCUCAAAAAUUAUGUUUGAAUGAGAAAUCUUACAUGAGCAAAAGUUAUUUAUAAAAACCACCAGGGCCAACAAAUUGUUAUUCAUGAGUACAUUUCUAAUAAUCACCUUCUCUGUGUUCAAGACCUGAAAAUGAAAAAGAGUUCAGUCCAGCCCCUGUAAUACAUCAAGAAAUGUAAAGAAGAGCUUUGAGGACCACAAGGGAAAGGAGAGAGUUGCUUCUGAUUUCUGAUUUUAUUGUGCAUGACCACUGGGUGACUCUUAAAACCAUCUUAUGCACUUGGGGCCUGACAGAGGGUAUCAUCUUGUCUUGAGAUUCACUCCUGAAGUCAGCAUUUCCUUACUUCCCAAGUUAAAGAAUAUAAUAACAAGGGCCUUUCUGUUUUAUGAUACCUAGUGAAGCUCAGAAGAAAAACAGAUAAUGGGGUUUCUACUAUGAAUCCUUUCUUGUUAGGCCCACUAAUACUUUUAAUUAACAAUUCAGGGCUCUGACAAAUCAAAAUCUGUAUUGAAUUCUAAGAACCCCGUAACAGCUAAAAUAGGUUUCCAUAGGGUAAUUGUUGGGGACCAGAAUCAUGUUUUAGCACUUCUUCAAUGAAGCCUGUCAGUCUUCUGUUACAGGCAGUGUUGGUUCUGGGCAGUUAAAUGUAGCCUCUUUUUAUCUGUGCCCUCUGAAAGAGGGGAGGGAUGCAGGAGAGUAAGUCUUUCAUGGAUGUGAAAGGAAUGGAAAUCCCUUUUCAGGCAGUCCUCGCAGGCUCCAAGGACUGUGGGAGAUAAGACCACUUUCUGAACUUGAUUUAUCUCUUGGUCUUGGUUUAAUAUCAGGCUCUCCCCAAAGUGGAGGAUUAUCUUUGCAUGUCACUCAAAAAUACCAGGUUUCCUGAAUAUGUUAAGAAUUUCAGAUACCCAAGCAGAAUCUCAUUGUGGACACCUUACAGUGAAUUUAGAUCUUGUGACAGCAAGUGGAAUAAAUGCAGGUCCCUCCUCCCAUUCUGCUCAGUCUCAUGUUUUGCACACUGUGUACUAAGAAUGGUUACUUCCUCUAUACAUUGCAGAAAUGGGCAUCUCUUUUCCAGAGGGCUGUGGUAGUGAUUUUGAUGCCUUUCAGACUAGCAUGAAAGGGUUCAACCUGUAUUGCUAAGCUUAGAAUUGAUAGACUUUUCAACGAAUGUCAUGACCAAAGAUAGCAUAUGAUAACCAGUGGUGUGUGGUGUGGUGUGAGCAGGCUCAUGGGAUCACCAGCACUCUUGUGUUGAUUAUAAAGCACACUCUGCACUUGUUUUCUCUAAAUACCUGCAGCAGUUUUACCUGUCACCAAACUCGGGAGAGACUAACUGUCAUGGGGAGCACCACACCCAGAUGGGUCUUUGAACACUCAGUUAACGUGAUCUAUUUAAAAGAAAGGUCCUCAUGUUGAUCAUGUAUGGCUUUGGAGUUCCAUUAACUGAAGCACCCUAAAGUGAAAAGUUUUGUGUGUAUUCUCUUUUCCUAGUUUAAAAGUUGGUGGUAAUAAUGCAGAUUAUAAAGUUGAGUCAGAAUUUCAGAGAAGGUUAGAGAUCGUUUUCAGAGUCUGCUUUGUCACUAGCUUGCUACGUCAGGUACCUUCCUGAACAUGUUUCUCCCCAUCAGCCAAAUGAGGACAGAGACUCUCUUUGUCUACCUCCCAGAAUUUCUUCUUUCAAGAUUCAGAUGUGAUCUUAUGAGCAAACAACCCUUGAGGAGGGUGCGCAAAGCUUGGUGAAAUGUAAAAUGUUAUCUGUAUGAUUGCACUGGAAUUAGUCUAUGCUGUGAUCCACCAGUGACUUUGCAUGGAGGUAACCAGAGCAAAAUUAAGGGUUCCAUGUGACUCCUCCCUCUUUCCCAAUUUGCUUGAAAUUCACAUUCUUCAUCCUUAACUUUAAAACAGCAUUUAUCAAACAUCUUUCUGCACCUGACUUUUUGCCGUUUCUAGCACCAAAAAGUCAACAUGAGCCCUGUCUUCUAGAGCUUAGAAUCUAAGACAGCACGGCUGGGUAUAAAAGACAGAAGCUACAGAUACAUAAUAUGGUGUGAACAUCAAUAAGAUUUACUGAAAAAAAAAAAGAUUUACUGAAAAUACACAGGUGCAUUGGGUACUCAGAAGAAGGGAAGUUGCACAUUUGGAAACCAUGGGCUCCUGGGGAGAAGCCCACUUCAGAAGCUACUAUAAUGAAGACGGGUAAGCUGGUGAGAUGGCAAAGGAAGAGCUGGGGGUGAGUCUAGGUAAGGAUGGAAAAGUGGGCAAAGCUGUCCUUGAAAAUGAACUUGAUCCAGUGCAAUAUGGAAAAAGAAUCCCAAACUGCACUAUUUAGGGAGUGCAAGAGGAGGAAAAGGAGCUGUGAGGAUGUGUUCCCAUUAAUACGGCAAGAGUUUGUGAAGAAAGUCUGCACAGCAAGAGAUCCAGUCUGAAGGAGGGAAGAGCAGGAUACCAAGAACUGCUGGAGGAUCAAUUGUAAAGUAUGAAAAUAUUGUAAGAAUUCCACCAAGGUUUUAUUGUGUAGGGCAGCUCUCUGUGGUCAGCCAUUCAAACACAUUAAAUCCUUUGUGGAGCAUAGUAGGUUAUAAAUAAACAUGUUCCACUUCUUUGUAGCUGUCUAUACAGUUUUCUCCAAAUUUUAUUUAACUUUAGAAUAUGUUUUGACUUUGGGGGGACAUGGCUUUUGAGCAGCAGACUGAGCGGGUUUUGCCAACCAGAUUUUUCAGGACAUGAGGCCUGUGAUGCAAAGCACAGGUGAAGGUGCACCUGAAGGCUUUGGGCCAAAACAGGUAAUUUUGUGCUUUUAUGAGCCUCCCAUUUAACUGUGUACAGGGUCAGUGUUUACUGCAUUGUACUUCUUCAUGCUCCAGUGGCAACCCAGUCACUUGGACACUGAUUUGCAUUUGCAGUAAUCCAUGUUAAUCAUUAACGUCUCUUUCCCUUUUCAUACUAGAUUCUUAGACAUGAAUGAAUUUGCUGGUUGAAAGGAAAACUGGUUAAGGUUCUGGGCAGGCGAGAAGAGGGGCUCCAGUCUUAACUACCAUACUAACUUCAGCUCGAGGUGAGCUUUAGCCAUUCCAUUUCUACCUCCAAAGCCAGUCUCCAGAGCCUGCUUAUCCACAUUUGUCUCCGACAGGAGCGCGAGGGAGUCCACUUCUGUACCUGCACACUGACCAUUUAAUCACAAAACACAUUUUUAUGGAAUGGUAACUUGAACUUUGUUUUUACAUUUAAUCCAACACAUUAAUGGAUAUUCUUAUAACAGGUGAGAGGGGUUCCUAAGAGCAACUGCUGUAAUAUACUCAUAAAAUGUAAUAGGCUCACACUUACUACCUAAUGAAUAAGGAGUGUGUAUGUUUUAGGUUUCUUUUGAUAUUCUUGGAGGUGACUUUUGAGUGUUUAGGACUCCUCUCUCUAGUAUUAAAAAGACUUGAAAACUGAAACCUCAUGGUACGAUCCUAUUUCCAUGCUUGUGUGUGUUAACAGUACAUUUGGGAAUUUAUCUUAACACGCAGCAGCAUUGAAAUUUAGGACAAGAAUAUUAAAUGCCUUGGAAACAUGAAACAAAGUUAGGAACCAGCGAACAAGUGAGAGAAGGAAUGAAUUUCUCAAUCUGAGGUGGUCUAGUCCAAAUUAGUUUCCCACAGGGUAGUUAUGCAGGCUCCUUGCUUAUCCUUCUUCCAGGUUUUAAUGCUCUGGGGCCACUUCACAUUUCAAGAAAGAGUGAAUGGUAGAAGGGACAGAGAUAAAAAUUGAAAUGAAUCGCUUGGUCCCUAAUUCCACAAAACCUUUCUGGACAUCUUGGAGUAUCAUGAAGGGUCUCAUGCCCCUGUUUCAAGCAUUCAUGGCUUGACUCCCUAAGUAUGCAAGUUAGGAAUAGUACAGGGCCAAGUUUAAGGCAGACACCCAGUACUAUUCCUCUUGUUCAUGUGGGGAAAGAAGGAGAGGAGGCUCCACUGAUUAAUGCACUUGCUCUAAACACCAGAGGGCUCAUUUGAGAAGGAGGGGUAAGAUCUCAUCUUGGCCUUCCUCCAGAGCAUCUUCGAGGGAGCAUGGAGAUUGGGCCCAUUGCCCUUGCAGGAAAGGUGGCUCGGCAGAGCUGCUCCAGGAUGCCUACUUGUCUCCUACUUGGUCAAGGUCCAUGUUCUUCUGACUCUUCCUGCAUUCUCAUUCCUGAAUUGUGAGUGCUAAUGUACGAAAAUAUGCAGACUAAAUUGAGGCCACUCGUGGCAUCAGUACUGCAACUUGAAUUUGACAAUCAUGGUUUGCUGGUCUCAAAUGGGCACUUAAAUUUCAGUGUGGGUAUAUGAUUUAGUAAUCGAACCCUCCUUUCUAUUUGUUGGUUAUGUUUCUACCCUUCAAUUAGCUGCCCUGUUUUCUAAUGUGCUGUAGAGUUUUUGAAAUAAUUUAUGCAAGUGUUUGGUUUCCAUGUUUACAAUUUAUACUGCUUUCCUAGCAUUUUAAAUGGAAAUGUCAAUAAAUGCUAUGAAUUGG